CAUCCUCUGAAAUUCUUCCCAGGUCCUUUUUUUACUCAAGACAUAAAAUCAGAGAUAUGAAAAAAUGGUUCCUUAUCUCAGUCCUAUUAGGAAUCUGCUCUGCAAUGCCGGUAACUAAUACAAUUUUACCUCAAAAUGCUUCUUCAACUGGGAUACCUGGAAUGGGUGGUAUAAGCCUUGAGCGGAUGAGACAAUUGGCGGGACCGAACAUGGCAAGUCCACUCCCGCAGUACGCUCAUCCUUAUAGCUACGCAGAUCCGUUUAAUACAUUGUGGAUGCACAAUUUUCUUCCGUCACAUUCAUCUUACUAUUGGAUAAGGGGAGGACCUCAGCAACAUGAAACUCAACAGUAUGAAUACAGCAUGCCUGUGCACCCUCCUCCACUGCCACCUCAGCAGACACCCAUUCUGAUUCAGCAGCCUGGACUGCCAGAGCAAGCUCUCCUCCAGCUCAUGAAUCUCAGUCCUACAAGGAAAGUCCAACUCCAGCAGUACGAUAUGCAGCCACCAUUCCAGCAGAAACCAUUUCGGCUGCCAGAGGGAAACCAGCCAGUUGUCCAACAGCAGCAACCGUCAGAGAGACAAACUCAGCAGUUACCGGCUAUACAAGAAUACUCAGGGACAUUAGGUCAGGCACUCUACCCAGGUUUACUUGGAACCCCACAAGAUGCAGCCCAAUAACCACAGCAAAGCUCUAUGCCACCCAGUUUGCAUUACAUGUCUUACAUGGCCAACCAAGGAGUGCCUCCUGGCAGACUGGGAAUAGUAAGCUCAGAAGAAAUGCAGGGUGGUGGAUUUGGCGCACCAGCCUAUCACGCACCAGGCCCAAACCUGUUUGCCAUGAAUGCUGGAUAUGGAAACAUGCAACCAAACCUCGGUGGGCCAGGUGAUUACACAGUUGAAGACGACCAGCUUGGAAUAACAGAACAGCCUGAAGUUCAAGGAGGAGCCAACGCAGGUGCCAACCCUUCAGGCAAGGGGAGCAAUAUCAUCCCCCUAGAUGGCAGCCAGGGUGGUGCCUUGCCAAAUGCCAACAGCCACCUGCUAAACCCCGCGGGCCAGAGCAAAGGACCAGCAGGUGUACCCCAGGCCACAGCAGUCCCUCCGGCAGCUGAAGGGCUCCCUGGCAGCUUCGUGCCUUUUAAUGCUGACGCUGCCAUGCCUUUGGAUCCCACCAUGUUCCCCGACACCGUAUCCACAGCCAAUGCAGGAAAUGAAGCUGGUUACCCACAAGUAGGUCAAGAUAUGUGGCAUUUCCAAGAGCCUUGA